UCGUGAGGGUGUUUCAGGAGAUUGCCACGCACACCUACAAAUCAAAAGGGCUGGCAAGCACACCUUUGAACGAGCCAAACUGCAUCAAUAACAUUAAACAAAUAGCACAACACGAAUAUAUCUCCAGCCCGUCGUCAAGCAAAGAAACCAUGACCGAAGGUGCAUCAGGGGGAAUCGUGGGGGCCUGUGUGAUUCUGGCACUGUCGUUCCUGGUGGGUGCUCCGGGGAACCUGCUGGUGAUCUGGACCAUCCUGAGGCACAUGAAGCGCCGCUCCCACACCGUGACGCUCAUCCUCCACCUCGCUGCGGCCGACCUGCUGGUGCUCAUCACCGUGCCGCUGUGGAUAUACGCCUUCGCCCGCUCCUGGGUCUUCGGCGAGGCUGCGUGCAAGGCCAUGACCUACAUCAUCUACUCCUGCACGCACAGCAGCGUGUUCCUCAUCACCGUCAUGAGCGUGGAGAGGUUCGUAUCCGUGCGCUACCCCGUCGCCUCCCUCAGAUGGAAGAAUAAAAAGAACGUUCUGAGCAAGGUUUUGCUGGUCCUCUGGUCUGCGGCUCUGCUUUUCAGCAUUCCCGCCAUUCUCACAAAGGUUGUUGACGAGGAGGACGGAGAAGUGCAGUGCCUGUACAGGCGGUACUCUUCAACCGGCCAGGAGAUAGCGUGUCUGCUGCUGGAGAUCCUGGUGGGCUUUGUCGUGCCAUUCUCUGUCCUGGCGGUGUGUUACGGCUGCCUCUUGUGCCAAAUCAAGCGGCUGACGUUCAGGACCAAGCAGAAGUCCACGGCCCUCAUCGCUGCUGUGGUUGCUGUCUUCCUCCUCUGUUGGCUCCCACACCAGGUGGGGAAUGUGCUGUCCCUGGUCAUCAUCGACAUACAGGAAUCCAAUCCCAGCAUGGCAGACAGUCUGGAGACUGCCAGAGAUGCAACGGUUUACAUGGCAGGAGCCUUGAUCUUCAUCGGCAGCUCUGUGAAUCCCCUGCUUUAUGUCUUCGCUGCUCGACACUUCCGAGGCUCCCUCCAGGCCACUGGGAUACUGAGUUUCUUUCGCCACAUCUCUAUCUCAGGAGCAGAUGACGGGGCCAAAGAGUUGUCUGUUAUGUCAAAAAGGCGAGGCUCUGAAAACGAUUGCACCAAGUACACUACAGACACAAAAGUGUCUACAGAUGCCGACUUAAACCCAUGUGAAGAUAAUUCCUCGUAACCUUGAAUGCCACUGUUCGAAAUCUGAUUAACAGUUUGUGUAUUUAAGUUCCUUCAGUCUGCGUGUGCCAUUAUGUUGCCUCUGUUUUAUGAAAUUGACGCAUUCAUUUCAGAUACUUUUGAUCGGGCCUUGGGUGUGUUGAAGUCUCCCUGAGCAAGACACCUAACCCCCAAUUGCUCCUGACCAGCUGGUUGAUGCAUCGCAUGGCAGCCAAUCGUUGUUCAUGUGUGAGUGUGUGUGAAUGGGUGAAUGAGAAACAUCAUUUGUACAGCACUUUGGAUCAAAGUGCUAUAUAAAUUCAGACCAUUUACCAUUUACAAGGAGUGACCAUUCUGUAAGAUCUCAUUCAGCUUUACAGCUGUGUAAAAACAAAAGGGCCCUGUGUAUCAAGUUGCCUAUACAAGAGCAUUGCUUCCUAGUCAGUUUUAGAGUCUGCAUAGGUAAUGUCAUUUGAUUUCACACUGCUUUAACCUGCAAUGAAAUUAAAGUGUAAUUCUGCUCAGAAAUCCUCUGUACCUCCACAGCUGUUGUACAGCUCAGUGAGGAGAACCAGCAAUGGCCGGCAAUUGGCAGUUGACCAUUGCCAACUGUAGUGGAGCAUAGUGCUUCUUGGUUCCUGCAGUUAACUACACCUCAAAAUGAUAAAAAAAGAAUUAACUACAAUAACCACGACACAAAUGAAUUGAAUAUAGCUGAAGUGUAAAUUGCUGCAAAAUGUAAUUAAACUAGUCGCCAUCACUGACGUAUCCAGCCACAUGUACUGUAGAUUGUGGUAACUAGUUGCUGUGGUAAGGUUUCUUACUUCCCUCUAGGUGAGUUUCGCCAAAGAAGGAAAAGAGGAAUUGAGCUAUGAACCACAUUGUUGGCUUUUUGGUAUUUGCUUGCACAGAAUAAUUAUUUUCAGUUUUGCUUUUAAUGUUUUCCUCAACCAGCUUUGUUAAUUCCGCCAUGAACUCUCCUGUAGUUAUAUGUGAAGCUACUUAUGGUAACGAUGGUCGAUU